GAGGCGGUUUGGUUGCACGAGGAGUCGCGAGGAGCCUCUGAUGACAGACAGACAGCAGAUCCGCUGCCUCACUGACUGCGACACCUGAACACGCACCGACACCAAACACAUGAAGGAGAGCCAACUAUAGGCGAGGAAGAGGAGGAGGCUUUCCUAAAAAUAUAAAGAAGACUCAGAAGAAGAGGAAAAAGAAGAAGAGGAGGAGGAGAGGAGCGGGGGCAGGCAGCAGUCAGCCGGGUGGCCGGGACACGGAGCCGGACCACGGGGGGAGAAAUCACCGUCACAUCCCAUCACUGCUCGGAGAUGACAAAGGCCCAGUGAAGCAGAGAGAGAUGUCGCAGAAGAAGAUAUUCCUCGUCUUCGUCGCCAUCAGUACUGUCAGUCUACUGCUGCACCAUGGGGGCCACUUGAGCUGGACCAUGGAGGCCUUCCACCUUGGCUGUCCUGCCCUCCGUUCUCACCCUGCCCCAGGCCUGAAACCUAAACACACCAAUGUGGCCUUCCUCAAGACCCACAAGACGGCCAGCACCACCAUGCAGAACCUGCUUUUCCGCUUCGCGGAGCGCAACAACCUCACAGUGGCGUUGCCCGUGCAGGCCUGCAGCCACCAGUUCUGCUACCCACGCUCCUUCACCGCUCACUUUGUCCACCCACACACGCUGCCGCCAAACAUCAUCACCAGCCACAUGCGCUUCAACAAGGCAGAGCUGCAGCGCCUGAUGCCCAACGACACAAUAUAUAUCACAAUCCUGAGAGAGCCGGGCUCCAUGUUUGAAUCCUUGUUCAGUUACUACAACCAGUACUGCCAGAGCUUCAAGAGGGUUCCCAACGGCUCCCUGGAGGCUUUCUUAGAAGAGCCCUGGCGCUAUUACCGACCAGAUGAGAAGGACUCCAUGUACGCACGCAACACCUUGACCUUUGACUUGGGUGGAGACAAGGAUCGCCCAGCAACAGAUGUGGCGUAUGCACGGGCGUUUCUGGCAGAGGUGGAGCGAGUUUUCUCCCUGGUGAUGAUUGCUGAGUACUUUGAUGAGUCACUGGUUCUCCUUCGCCAUCUCCUCUCUUGGGACCUGGAUGACAUUCUGUAUGUUAAACUCAACAUGCGGACGCCGAGCUCAAAGCGGAGCCUGACACCAGGACUUCCAUCAAAGAUCCGUGCCUGGAAUUCCUUAGACGCACGUCUCUACGACCACUUCAACGCCUCCCUGUGGCGCCAGCUGUCAGCUCUGGGUCCUGCCUGUGUGGCAAGGGAAGUGCGACUCCUACGGCGAGCCCAGGAGAGGUUAAUGAGAAGUUGCUUUGGUGGGCGGAUGCCGCUUCUCCGAUCAGCUGCGCAGAUCAAAAACAAGGAUCUCCGCCCCUGGCAGCCUAGCGGAAAAGUCGACAUUGUUGGCUACGACCUUCCAGUAAAUCUCAGCCGUGGGUUCUCGAGCCAGGCCCAGGAGCUCUGCCUCAAGCUCAUCAUGCCAGAGGUCCAGUACACACGGGUGCUCCUACGCUCUCAAUCACUGCGCUACCGCCGAGGCUACCAGCUCCGGCCCCCACAGCAGUCACAUCCCCUCCAGCAGCCCAUACGCACAGUCCUGCCACGGCAUCCUCAAGUGCAACGCAGCCAACUGCCUCCUGCGGCCUCAGGCCCUGCAUCAGGGACAGGCUCCACCUCCACCUCAAAGCCUGCUGUAGGGACUCAAGGUCGAACCACAAAGUUGGGACCUAAAUCCUUGCAGACCCAGGCCUCACAGACAGAAAAAUAGACUGGAAUAUAAUAGUGCCCAAUAGACUGCAUUGUCCUACCCAUCCUGACCCUCGAGACAAUGUUGCUUGAUUGGUGGGGGCUGUUGGGAACACGGGUGUCCUUGGGAAAACGUCUGGGUUGCUCUUGAAUCAGUGUCUCUUCUGCCCCUUACAGACUGAGUUUGGGAUAAAAAUAAACGAGGAACAAGUGAAAGAAAGGGGGCUAGACAUAUCUGGACUUGAACUUGAAUCUCUCCCCUCUAGUCUGUGAAACAGUAUCAGGGUUGGCAGACACAAGGGCGAGAGAAAUCUACACAAGGACUCGGCUCAAUUGCGCGCCUCUGCACGCCCGACAACAGCGGAUGGGAGAGGGUUUUAGGUGAAAGUGGAUCGUUGAAGCAAAUCUGUUAUGUGCGACCGGGACUCAAUAGGGAAGUGGCGAUAUCGGGGGCCUAUUGUGAGGCACAGAGUGGGCAUUGUGUGUAUCACACUGGUAGAGUAUCAUGUUACUUGCUUUCAUUCUCUGUUUCUCAAGCUCUCUCUCGCUAACAUAUGCCACUUAAAGUCCUUGAGAGAGACAUAAUGACAUAAAGGGAUCAGCUGUCAGGUGUCCAAAGAGCCUCCUAAGAGGCCAGACAGACAUUGAGAUCACCUCCAACCAUUAAUACAACAGCACAAUCAACAACUCUUCUUCUUCUUCUCUUACAAACUCUAGAGCCUAAAGCGACGGAGAUAGGGGGCUAAAAAGCCAGAUAGACGAAGAAAGAGAGACUUCAUCCUAAAGACUGGAUGCCAUUAGCGCUAUGACUCACACAGAGACUAUCUACACACAUCAAGCCUGUAUCUCUUCAGCUUUCGACCUCUCUGCAUCCUUCUCUCCAUCCUCCAUCCUCUCAUCCCUGCUGCUACCCUCUGAUUAGGCUCUUAAUCUAAAGAGCAGCACCGACAUCUUGUUUUCUUCACCUCUGAUUGCAGUCUCCAUCCUCGGACCAACAGUUGAGAUCGCAUCUUGCAUCCUGGACACUUUGUAGGUUUCUAGACGUGGGGUUUUUGUUUCCAAUCUCACUGCAAUAAGAUCUCCAGGCCUACGUUCCUAUACAAAAGGCAUGGAUUUAAUAACCUACCAGCAGCCCCACUCCGCGCACACCGGCACAAACGUGAAACACCUUCGCAGGACAAAGACUUGAGGCCCGUGGGUCGCAGUGUUUGAAUAUUUAAUCGUCUCCUCUCACGGCCCUCCUAUGGCUCGUGUUCUUGGGUUACACGGCCGUACAUUUUCAUUAAGAGUACAAGGACCGGGCGAAAGUGGCUCGUUCUGAAACUCGGAAAUGCAGAAGGACAAAGCAAGAGCAUCGAUGAAGGAUGCUUAAAGCCUCGUACGGCUGGUGGGCCGGCUGGUUUGGCUGUGAUCUUAAAAUGUCAUCACUUAUCUCAGCUGUGAUCCAUUUUUAAUCCGUUCUGCUCAUAUUUAAUGUGUCAUUUAUGUUCUUUUAUUCCUCCAGUGAUCAGCAGGACACUGCUAAGUGACUGGGGGGCGGAGGAAGGAUGUCUGAGUGUAUUCAUGAGUGUGUGAGUGUGUGUGUGUGUGUGUGAGCCAGGAAGCAGCUCUAUCUGCUUCAUGUUGUAUUUUUUUUCUCAAGGCCAGCCGAGUUGGCAUGGCAACAAAGGAAAUAAUGUGUGUGAGAUUUAUUAAAACUAUGUAUUAUUUAUUAUCGGGAUUUAAAGAGUCCCAUUACUGUAUUUUUAACUGUUGUUUUUCAUGAAUCACUGGAUAAGGAAACCUCAUAUGUUCGGCAUACCGCUUCAGGCAGCUGAGGUGGAACAAGGCAUGUGGCAAUGAUAUAAAAAAUUCAUUCUAUACAUGUUUUACAUAAUGCAAAACUACAAAGACCACUUCUGAAAACCGCACAUUAAAACAAGUGUAGUCACUUUAAAAUUAAUCUUUCAUUCGGUGGUGCUUAAGUGCUCAACCACACAAAGCUUUUGUGGUUGGAGUCUGUCGCACUGUAGGUUACAAUAAUGAAAAACAUACAAACCGCUGCUGCUCCAGCAGGAGUGGGAAGCGGAGCGGGCGGAAAACAGACCCGCGUAGAGGAUAAACAGUUUUAUGAAGUGGCUGUGAAUAUCUGAAUUCAAAGUGUGCUUAUCUGAACUUACCGGGGGAACCUCAGCUUUGAAAGCACGAGAUGCACAGCAGUUUUUAUUUAUUUACAGGGUGUUUGAAAUGUGUUCAGAUAUGUGUAAUAUUUCUUCAAGGUACAUACACUGCAAGAACUCACUUUAGAGGAUAAGGCUGGCAUUUUUCUACACUUUUCUUCCUGUCAACAAAUCCCACGAAAAAGGCCAAAACCAACAAUGUGUCAGUCCGUCUGCCAGCUUCUCCACACUGUCUGUGGCACACGGCUUUAAGUGCAUUGGUUCCUGCUGUAAAGCUUUAAAAACUGAUCACAAAUAAGUGGUUUAAUCUUUGAAAAAGGCUCAGCAAUUUUGUUAAACAGCUGGGCACUGUAGUUUUUAGCAAAUGUUGCUCAAACAGGAGAAAUAGUGCAUUUAUUUGGGACUAUUUUCAGCUGCGGAUGAAUACACAUUUAGAGGAUUAAUGAGUAUUUCCAGCAGCAGAACUGUAUAAAAUACAGUGCCCCUGUUUGUCGUAACGAUGGAACAUGUCACCCAGUGCAACAGUGGGACACACUGAUGUGUUUUUGACAGUUGUCUGACAACAAUGGUGCGGUAGUACGAUCAAUCCAUUGUUGGGUUUCGUCUUUUAAUUUGAUUUGUUGACAGUAGGAGGAAUAUAGAAUAUAACCAGACUUAUCCAUGCUGUAUAUUACGGUACACUAUAUUUUGAUUAGCUUGAUUAGCUGCUACAUGUAAAGAAAGCAUUCUGGCUUUGAAUUAAACUCCUAAAUUGCUUCAACCUGCUGUAAAAUAAUAAGAAAACACUAAAUUUCUAUGUUUGUCUGUCACUCAUUAAAGGGCGGGUCCAUUAUUGUGUUCUUAUAUCAUUCUGUAGCUUCUCAGUAGUGUUGCUUAUGUCUUCAAAUCCAAAAAUUUAAAGUUUGAACCUCCACGUUUUAGCAUCAAAAUGCUAUUUUUCCAUGCCCUUCUAAAAACGUUUGCCCACGUGACCUGGCAAAGGUAGAUUAGCAAUAUUCAGUGAGCCCUCUGGAAGCUAAGCAGCGUGUUGCUGUCGACGCCGUGUUAGUUUGGAUCCGAAAGUCACACAAUACCACAAUGAUCGAAGCAGCGGUACAGCAGCAACUUCCAUGUUCUGCGAGGUAAAAUUACAGGUUUUGUUAAAGGAGUCUGGUGGCUUUGAAGAGCAUUAUAUUGUGGCGUAAGUUCCCCGUUAGAAAGGGCUGUCUGACAGCAAGGUAAAGUGGUGAAAUUAUUACACUGACUAUGAAUAAGUACCUCACACAACCCCUUUUAAAUAUACAAACUAACCCUUUUAGUUAUAUUUAUUAUUGUUAUUAUCAGCAAUUGCCGCUCAAGCCUAUGUCAUUGCUUUUUGCUCACAGCUUAGUGGUCCAUUUAAUUUAAAAAAUACCAGAAAAGAACACAGAUGGACCCGCCCUUUAAACAUUUAAGGAGACCAAAAGUGUUCAAUAUUAAAUAGAUGAACAGGACAUUAUAAGAUAAACAAUUAUGUAAAUAAAUUUUGAUAAAUAAGCUUUUUUUGCAGGUCAUUUUUAUUUCAUACUGCUUUUAAAAUUAAAUUAAAUUGAAUUAAAAUUUAUUUUAAAUUAAAAAAAAAAAUUAUUAUUUCCGAAUUAUUUUCUUUCUUUUUUUUUUUAACCACAGUCUGUUUUUGUCAAGCAAGGCAAAAGCAGUUAUGUUGCUUGGGUCUGCAUUAAACAAAUGCACUUUGGAAAAGCUACAAUUUGGGAUAAAACUGACCAGAAAUAAACCGAGGAAAAUCAGCAUCCAACAAUGUAUAAUAUUUCCAAAUUUCAUGGUUAUAUUACAGAUUGUCUCAUAUAUUCAUUUAAUUCUGCACACUUUUGGUCUCCUCAGAAAUUGUGUUUUUAACCUUAAGGUGGAGUUCAGGUACUGUCAGUACAUUACUGUGGUAAAAUAAACUAAAAAGUAUAUUAUGAAAAUGGGUAUUUGCAAACACUUUCCUCCCAUGUCUGUGUCUGACAGGGAGCCAGCUGAAGAAUAUGUUUUUAUUUCCUCUCAACUGUUCAUUUAUGAUCCAUUUCUUCACGGCUGUGUCUCUGUAAGUGCUGUUAUGAUUGUAGGAGUUGUUCGCCCGGGUGUUCUGCUUCUUGUGGGAGACUUUCAGUAAUGGUCAUGCUGUCGUGUCUGAAGUGUCGACUAUUCUUCUUUGAAAAUGCCAGAGGGGCUGUGAAACACUAAAAUCUCAUCAUCUCCACAUUAGCUGCCCCUUAUUCAGUUUUACUUUUUUAGAGCGACAUUGCAAAGCUGUUCUUUAUUUUCGGUUUACUGAAACUUUUUUCUUGUGGAGUCUGAUAAGCUUUUGGGUCUCUGCUGAUGAUGCAGGGAAGAAAAGAAAAACGUUCAUUGACAUCGGGUGAAAGUGAUGAUUUUUUGACCGUAUUUUCCUCUGUCUUUGAUCUGCUCAUGAUUUAUUCCCAUCCUCUGUUUAUGGACUUAUCUGUGAACUGUGAAGAACGAGAUGGGGUUUUUUUCCCAUUGUGGUGAUGGAGUGGAAGAGCUUGGGUGGGUGACGGGGCUCUGAACAAAUGCCCUACGACAAUCAGAGCUAGGGGCCCCAAAGCUGUGUAACAAUGGACGGUGAACGGGACGAAUAAAGU